AGCCUGGUAGUGUCGAGCGGAGCCGUCUCUUGCCUUGCUGURCCGGUCCCGGACGGCGGGGCAGGUUCUCCCUGUCCCACACCACACAAUUCACUCCCCUGUGAAUACUUGGCAGUGGUGGGCCACAGAUCUACUCUUUUGUGUCAUUACUGACCAGUCGCUCCUGCAGUGUGCUGUACUGUAACUUCUUACCUGAAGAAAUCAGCACCGAUUAGGAAAUGGCCAAAGUCGAAAGGUUUGCUUUUCAUGUCCCAAGUCUAGAGGAGCUUGCUGGGGUUUUGCAGAAAGGGCUUAAAGAGAACUUUUCUGAUGCCCAAGUCUCUGUUGUAGACUGUCCUGAUCUGACUCAGGAACCCUUCAACUUUCCUGCUAAAGGAAUUUGUGGAAAGCCUAGGAUUGCAGAUGUGGGAGGUGUUCCUUACCUCAUACCUCUUGCACGGAAAGAAAAGGUUUAUGAUCUAAAUGCAGUUGCAAARGACAUAGAGCUACCUGGAGCUUUCAUUCUUGGAGCUGGAGCUGCUUCAUCCAGGGUUCUUGGAAAAAAUGCUGAGCUUAUUCCUAUUGUUCAAACUAAGAGUGAAAAAAAGUCUGCUGUAAAUGGGAGCUACAUUGCUCAGAUAAAUCCUGCAGAUAAAGGGUGCCUGCUUGAGAAGUACAGCAGUAAAUACACUGACUGUGAGUUUGGACUGUUGGCCAACCUUUAUGCCAGUGAAGGCCAACCUGGUAAGGUCAUUGAAGUGAAAGCCAAUGGAAGAACUGGGGAGCUUAACUUUGUGUCCUGUCUGAGACAAACUUUAGAGAAACACUAUGGAGAAAAACCAGUUGGGAUGGGCGGUACAUUUAUCAUUCAGAAGGGGAAAGCAAAGAUUCACAUUAUGCCUCCCGAAUUUUCUGCCUGUCCCCUGAAUACUGAUGAAGAUGUGAAUAACUGGCUCAAAUUCUUUGAAAUGAAGGCUCCACUGAUUUGUCAACCAGUAAUAGUUUCCAGAGAUCCAGGCUUUGAUCUGCGUGUGGAGCACACRCACUGUUUCAGCCACCACGGGGAAGGAGGGCACUACCACCAGGACACCAGCCCGGACAGCGUGCAGUACCUGGGMUACUUCCAGCCCGCCGAGCUGCUGUUCCGCAUCGACCGGCCCCAGRAGACGCACCUCAUCGGGAGAGACUGAGCCCCGCGGCCGAUUUAACCUUCCUCAAGUUCAAAUGCUGAUUUUUGUAACGCUUUUAAUUAUGCACACUUACCAGAUUUAAGAAUAAAUACGAGAGCAGUAAGCUGCCGCCUCCUUAAUUGUGUCGAAGGGG